GCACUCCUACGUAACUUUAUCAAAGGUAACUCUGCUGUUAUUGAACAUAUGUUAUCGGGGAAUUGUUCGGGGGAACCGUGUCAAUUUAUUUACUCUUGAAUAAUUGACGUCGUUGCUAAAACGUAUUUUCGCCCAGUUUGAUGUUAAAAACGGGUAUUUGAUUGUUUUCCACCCCUGUAAAUCGAAUCGUUUAAACUUUUAAGUACAUCGCCCUUGACGUUUCUUUUAAAAUCCUUAUCUCGACAUGGCAUUGAAUGGAUCCUCGAACAGUGGGAGCGACGUCUCAUCUCUUAACUUUACGGAGGCCGAGGAACUUAGAAGAGUUCUGAUAAAAUAAAAAAGUGCGAUGAUUUUUUAAUAUACGCGUCGAAUGAAAAGAAUAGCCCACGUUUUAUAAUUUAAAUAAUGCUUUGAGCCAAACGGGUGAUGUCGAACAGGAAAAUGCUUGUGAAGUCGUCGCGGAUCGUCGGGCUGUGCUCUAUCGCCAACUUCAUCAAUGCGGCCGACAGGGUGAUAAUGCCAAUUGCCAUAAUCCCGAUGACAGACGAGUUCAAAUGGAGUUUACAUUGGCAAGGCUGGAUACUAUCUGCGUUCGCCUUUGGGUACCUGACUAGUCAGGUUAUCGGGGCGUGUGCAGCGAGCCGUUUCGGAGGCAAGACUGUCCUCCUUUUCGCCGUUUCCCUCUGGUCCGUUUCUACAGCGGUGACUCCUCUCCUGGCCACGUCAGUCCCUGCGCUGAUCUUCUGCAGAGUACUACUUGGGCUUGGUGAAGGAUUAGGCUUACCGACGAUAUUUCACAUAUUUGCACACAAUGUUCCAAUUGAGGAGAGGUCAAGGGCAUUUGGAUAUCUGGUAGCUGCUGGCUCUGUCGGUCAGACUGUCGCUUCUGUGAUAUGCCCACAUCUUGCCUGGCAGACGGGAUUUUACCUGUUCGGCACGCUUGGAAUCGUCUGGGUUCUUAUCUGGUUCAUGUUUUACAAUGACAGUAAAACGAUGCAAAAGGAUGAAAUACCACUUUUUGUACCAAGGGUAACAAAUCCAAAUGUGAGAUGGGGGGAAUUUAUAAGUCACUGGGCACUUUGGGCUAUUUACCUUGCUCAUUUCGCCAUGAAUUGGUCCAACUAUAUAAUCAUGCAGUGGCUCCCGACCUAUCUUGCGAGGAACCUUGGUGCAAACAAGGAGAGCAUCAGCCUGACCGCCGUACCUUACGUUAUCAAUUCCUUAGUUGGAAUAUGUGCUGGACACUUUGCUGAUACAUUGGUCAGCAAGAAAUGGAGUGUUCUUUCAGUUCGGAGGCUGAUGACGGGGAUCGGGCUGAUAGGGCCUGGUAUAUUUUUGAUCGCGUUUUGUGCAGUAGACAAUCUUCUCGCAGCAGUUGUUUUUGUGUCAAUUUCUAUGGGGCUUUGUGCUUGCAACUCAGCAGGACACUUGAGCAACCAUGCCGAUAUUGCACCGAACCAUGCCGGGGUUACAUUCGCUAUAUCAAAUACUAUCGCAACCAUUCCUGGCAUAUUGUGCGGCCCAUUGACUGCAGAACUUGUGACGGCUUCACACGGCCGUUGGUUUCCAGUCUUUGUAAUCGCGGCUAGUGUGAAUAUUACAUCUGCAAUAAUUUACUAUAGUCAAAGUUCAGCUUCCCAAAUACUUUGACAUCGUAAGUUUCAUCUGUUUUGCACUAAUUAUGGAACAAUAGUAAUUUAAAAACCAUAAUUAUAUAGGUUUAUUUUGUGUUAUAAAAGGGAGAUUCGGCAUGAUUUGUUAUUAAGUAGAUAGAAAGAAGCGAGGCACAAAAUUGAUUGAUAGUAAUGUCCUUGAAUUUUUAUUUAUUCAUUUCUUUUAAUUAGUUCUCGCUUUGGAUUGUAAUAAACCUCUGGAACUCAUAUUUUGCCCUCAUUCUGCAAGUUAUACAUAAAUAAAACAAAUAAAAUUUAAAAAAAAAAGAUGUAGAAGAUUAUAAUCUUUCAAAAAGUUAAGCAAAACUUUUAUGAUAAACUCAUUUGAACUUGUGAUAGAAAAGAUUUGUCACUGAAAUUUAUGAUUGUUUUCAUUGGUAGUUAAAUAGUUGUUCUUAAAUGUCAACAAUGUUAUUAAAAAAUAAUGUCAAAUAAUAGAAGUAUAUUUGAUUUAAAAAAAAGUAAAACGAGUAGUGAAAUGUCCGUUAUAAUUUGUUUUUGGAAAGAAAAUCUGUUUUGAUGUAAAAAAACAAUUGUGAUCUGAACCAUUUCUUUUUGAAAAAAAUCCCAAUGUUUGCAGUGUAAACCAACACAAUGCUUUUUAAUGAUUUUCUAUAAACAUUUUUUUUAACUAUAUAUAUUGAGUUUAUUUAUGACAUAUAUAUCGGUACAUUUUACAUUUAUAAUUUUUCAAAAAGUUCUUACCAUCUUCCAAGUACCUUUUAUAUAUUUGUUAAAUGAUUAUCGUGCUGAUCGUCCUUUCCCAUUAUUCCAGAUACAAUUCCACACUGGGAAGACAAAAUGGGUGCUAUAAAGGGUAAUUAAUUGUAUAUUAGAUUCCUUGUACAUUUUAUAAAAAUUAAAAUAAUAAAAAAACUGUAUAUUAUAUUAUAAGAUGUUAAAGAUAUAAGAAUGAUUUGUAGAAAAUAUAAUAUUUUGUCAUAAAUACAAUACAAUCCGGGUAUCUGGUGAUUUUGUAAGUAUUUAUUAGAUAUUCUAUGCUGUACCUGACAUUAAACAAACAAACAGUCAUUUAUUUAUUUUCAUUAUUUCAUGUUUUAAAAUGAAGAAAAAAAAAUUAAACAGCAAUAUAGUUUUUGUAACUAACAAAGAAUAAGAUUAUUACAAUUCCCUCCAAAAGCGUUUUAAAAAUUUAUUUGAAACGUUUCAUUUGGACUCGCUAUUUUAUUUGCUGUAAGAUGACUGAUGAGUUUAUUUAAUAACGGUAGUAUACAGUUUAUUUACCAUUUAUCAUUUGUGUUUGUUUAAUUGUGUUCUAUAAUUUUUCUCUACUUCUUAGCUCUGCAUUUGUUUUGCUGUUUGUUUGACAUGUACACACACACACUGUUUUAAUGUAUAAAAAUAUUAGGUUGUUUAUGUGAAAUACUGUAUGUAAUGUAUAAAAUACGUGUUGCAAUAAAACAAUACCUGUUGAUUU